CGCAGCUGGUUGCAAGAUACUACAAAUACAGGAAGCACAGGUCUAACCGUCUAUGCGCACAGGGCAUUAUACAAUUCCUUCGUUUUGUAUCAAUUAUAGGCACGCUCCCUAUACGAUUGUGCAGCGACUCUCUUUGAACGCGGGGUACUGGGAUGGUAUGUGUUAAUAUUGUAACGAUUUAACGAUUGGAAUAAAUGUUUUAUUUCUGUAUAAUAUUUUACAUAUGGAAUAUACAGUAGCCUACUGCGAUUCAUACACUAUGCUUAAAGUACGUUUUCUUGGGGUGGCAGAGACUCACUGAAUAGGACAGAAAGCCUCCUUUAGUAAAAGCGCGUGCUUGGUGUUUAUAGUAUGACAGGCAUUUUUAGGCAGUUGUGAAACUGGUGUUACUCGAUUUGCUCAAAACCCAAAGACGCCCAGGAAACUGUACAAUAGCCAAUAGCCUACACCUACACCCCUUGGAAGAAUUGCAUAUUUGAACCCAACUUGUUCACUUGAUUUAAAAUAAUUGAUAUUUAUUCUAGACUAUUAUGGAAACCUAUCCUACAAGUAAUUUGGUUCAUUUUUAAUUAAACAUCAUGUUUAUUGUUUUGUUUAAUUGGACAACCCGUUUCGCGCAAUUAUUAAUGACAUCAGGGCUCAGAUAAUGCUACUGUGGAAAAUCUAUACGAAGAAGUGGACUUUGUGAACUUGGAUGUCAGAUCCUUGGCUUGAGCGAAUCUUCGAAUCGUGACCGUAUAAACAAAGGCAACAGAGGAACCACGACAUGGAUCCGGAGGGUGUUUUAAAGGUCAACAGGAGUGCCUCUGUUCUUCCUCGUAGUCCUCUUCUUCGCUCACGGCCGCACUGUGUGAGCUGGUCCGAACCCCACCAGUCCUUGGCUCCACCCCUGCUGGCCCCUGGCCCCUCUCUUGCAGAGGAGUUCUCCAACCCAGCAGUGAUUGGUCACUUGGGUGGUUCACAAGGUUUUUCAGCCUCUCCGGUGUCGGUGAGGAAGAUGCUCCUCUCUCUGCUCAACAGUUCGGGGGGGUCUGGGUACCAGCCCCUGUCGCAGCGUUCUCCCUCGUCUCCCCGUGGAAGCCCCGUGCCCAGAGAGAGCUCCCACACAAACUCAGACAACAGCGAGGAGGAGUCGGCCACGCGCCACUCCACGCUCGACGACGUUAACAGUGACAACGCGCCCAACAGUGACAACGCGCCCAACAGUGACAACGCGCCCAACCGGGACGGUGUGCUCAAUGGAGACAAAGCGUCGCCGGUCGACGCCAAGGCGGACCAAGGCUACGCCCUGCCCCAGAGCAGUCCGAUUAUGCCCCGCAGGAAGCGCCUGUCCCGUCCCAGAAGGUCCCUCGGACCACGAACCCGUGUCCUUCGCACCGAAACCCCUUCGCCAACUGGACCGAGAGAGCGGACACCACAGUCAGGUAAAACUCCACCCCUGGAGCCUCAGCCAAUCCGGUCUGCAGAGAAGCCCCGCUGCGUUUCCCUCUCUGCAAAUCUGAACCACCUUCUGGGCACGGGGCUCCACCUCCCCUUCAAGCGCCCUGGGGCAUUCGCAAACAGCCGAGAAGAGGGCCCCAAACAGCGCUCGCUGUCCGAGGCUCAGAUCCCCCCAGGGCACAGAAAGGACAGAGAUUGCAGUGAGAAUCCUCAUACUCCUGAUGAUGUCCUCAGAUCCAACUGUGGCCUGGAAAAGGAGAACGCUCACUUCAUUGUGGUGGACAUGGUGCUGGAGGCAUUGGAGGGGGCAAAAUGUGCAGUCUUUGGUCAUAAGGAGGGUGGGUUGUCACAGAGCUGCACAGACUGCAUAUGGGAGACCUCCCAGAGCAAGACCAAAAAGUGCUGCCCUCAGCCCAUACAGCACUCUGCAUCUACAGCCUCCUCUGACAGUGGCUACGUAGAGUGGUGUAGCCCACAGUCCUUCUCAGCCUGCUCCAGCUCUCCUUCCCCCACCCAGGACCAACCACCUCUCUCAGAUGCUGACGAACAUGAAACUGACAGUGAUUCCAGCACAGUUCCCAGCUCCCCCCAGUUUCCCACAAUCUGCUGCUCAGCGGAACUCCUGGCUCUGCAGCUGGUGUCUGCGUUCAAGAAGCAGUGGUAUGCCAAGGGCGACCUCAGCGUCACCAGCCUAGACUCUGCCCUACAGGAAUUUUUCCCUAGCAAUGACUCUAUGGCAACAGAGGACAUCCUCACCCUGGCCAACGAGAUCAGACAGAAGUCCAGGAUGAGGGGCACUUUGGCAUGGGCUCCACCUCGCUUCCAGAUCAUCUUCAGCACCCACCCCAGCCAAAAGCGCAGCGAGGUUGUGGCUUCCCAGCAUUACCUCUGUGCGGGCUGUGGGACUCAGGUGGAGGCCAAGUACCUGAAGAAGCUACGCUACUGUGAGUACCUGGGCAGAUACUUCUGUGACUGUUGCCAUAGCAACGCAGAAUCUGUUAUCCCGGGCCACGUGCUUGAGAAGUGGGACUUUGGCCGCUACCCGGUGUGUAAUUUCUCACACCGGCUGCUGGAAAGUGUGUGGCAUCGGCCACUCUUCAGCCUGGCCUGGGUUGGCACAAACUUGGUUUCCCGAGCCCGCGAGCUGGCCCGCUUCAUGGAGCUUCAGGAACAGCUGCUGGCCAUUAAGAAGCUGCUGACAGCAUGCAGAUUAUCAGAUAGCGUCUUGGAGGAGCUGGAGCAGUUGCCUGGGCACCUAACACAGGAGCCCAUCCUCCUCUCCAUGGACGACUUUCAGAGGAUCAAACGUGGCCAGCUGGUACCCCAGACACGAGCACUGCUACGGACAGCCAUCACUCACGUGGACAGCUGCCAGAUUUGCCUGGCCAGGGGCUUCAUCUGUGAGUUCUGCAAGAAAAAGGAUGUACUGUUCCCCUUUCAGACUGGGACCUGCAAACGCUGUAGAGACUGCAAAUCCUGCUUCCAUACUGAGUGCUUCAGGAACGAGGAGUGUCCAAAAUGCCUGAGGAUUCAGUUUCGCAGAACACUGACAGACUCUGAACUCAACUUAACUCCUGACUGAGUACAAUUGAGUAGAAUCAUAUUUAAUUCUUAUUUUCCUUCUUCUUUCCUUUGAAUAUAUAAGCAGCUACAUGGUGCAAUUGUCCUCAAUGUUUUGUGGAGGGCAGCUGCUUUUUCAACUGGACAAACUGUGGCAAAGAUGAAAUCUCAGGUGUUGUUCUGACAUCAUACCUCUGAGUACAGAAGAUUUACUUGAAUUGGACUCUGGCACAUAUUUGGCCUUAUGAAGUGUGAAGUGUGUACCCUGGAGACGCAUUCUGCAUGGUGACAUAAUUUUGCACGCGAGGCAGCUCACUGCUGUUAUUCUGAAUACUGUGUAUUCUGAAAGCAUGAAAUGCUAUGCAUUGGCAAUCCGAUAAGCAACGCAUCGCAGUACAGUAAUGUCUAACCUCAGGAAAGCACAGCCCUGCAGUACAGUAAUGUCUGGCUUUAGAAGAAUGCAGUACUGUAGUACAGUAAUAUGUGGCCUUAGGGGCAUGCUGUGGAAAACAUGACAAUCACUUUUCCAUAUUAUCACACAGGAUACUAUUAUAUUUUACUCUGUCUUGCUGUGUUACUUGAUUCUGGAAUGCUCUAUAGGAGGUUCAAGUGCUUCUAGUGGUGUACAAGUUAUGGCUGUUCUGGCUUGGGCCACACCCCUUCAGGAAAAGUCCUACUUUAAGAACAUGGAAUCUUUAGCUCCAUUGGUGGCAAAGCCAGGUUUGUGUGUGUGUGUGUGUGUGAGUGUGUGCGUGCAUGCGUGCGCGUGCAUCUGUCUGUCUGUGUGUACGUGUGCAUGCACAGGUGUGUUUCUAUGUAUUUGUGUGAAUGUUUGUGAAUGUUUACUUUCAUAACUGCGCCCUUUAAAUCUCUGGCAUACUUUGAAAAUGUUGCCAAUUGCAGUGUCCUAAUAAAUGUAUUUUCUUACAUGGAGGAACUGAUGCCUCUGUAAGAGCAGCUGUUUUUAAAAUAUUGCUGUGGGGCUUUCCCAGUUGUAAUUAUGGUAAUAAUAUAAGCUACAGAGAGCUUUAACAUAAUGGGAGGGUAAAGUGGAGUAUUCAGUGUUGUUUAAUGACAAAUGCAAUUGAAUAAAACUUGAACAUUGUAAAUGCGAGGCAAUCUACAGGUCAGGAUCACCAUCACAUGCUUUGGAAAAACAGUUCAUCAUACUUGCUGCUCUUCUUUGAAGAAAAAAAUAAGAAAUUAAUUUUAAAAAGAAGUCAUUUGUUGUAUGUAGCAGCAUGUGCUCCAAUACUCUGCAGUGAUAUUGAUAACACAUGCUUGCUCCAACUUCACUAUGUUGAUCCUUCAGUGGUGUUUAAAUUCCCUGUGUUUAAUCCUGCCCAACACCACGGGACUACUCAGUACAGGUGAAUCACCAGUAUGAUCAUUAAUCAAGCAUACAUACUGUAUAUUUCUGGCUACAACCUAACCAACAUAUACAAUCUAUCUAACAUUUUCCCCCACAGAGAUUUCCCCCAUUGUCUCCUCACAUCUUGGCCUUUUGUUAAUGCAACCUACAUUGUAUUAGCAUCAACCAAGGGGAUUAUUUGUGACAAUCCCCUUCAAAUAUUUGAUGCAUGAAGGAGACUAGGCAAGGUAUUUUUGAGCUGAUUUGUUGGAUCAAGACCAAACCAGAUAACCACAACACUGUUCACAGAACCACCUUAAAAGGUGAAAGCAUUAAUUUAGUUUCUCUUGUACUACUGGUAUCACAUUAAGGGACAAGCUUUGUGUCUUUCUCUGUGUCUGUGUUGAAAUAAACAUUUAUGCAUUGUA